UAUAAGCACGCGCAGUUCGACGCACGCGGAACCUUUCCCGCGCAUUUCGAAGUUCGCGCGGGCACAAACUUUUGUCUAUGACUUAAAAAAAUAAAAAUAGUGGACUGAUGAGGUUUAUAACAUUAUAGUGCAAGCGAUCAUUAGCAGGCCGAUGUGGUGGCAAGGGAUUCUUCAAUAAUAACUUAAGUAGUGAGGGCGCCAAUACAAUGUGGCGCGCAAUACUGCUGGCGUGCUUAGUAACCUCGAGUGGUGGUCAGCAGACACGACCCAACAGGGUCGUCGAUCUGUCCACCACCUGCGACAGAAGUUCCGUCACCGUAACUCUAGAUAUGGAGCAGCCUUUCAAAGGACUCCUGUUUAGCAAGGACUUCUCGAGAGAAUGUCAGGCGCAAGGUAAUUUCCAGAAUAAGGUUUCGUUGCGUCUACCGUCGAAUGCGUGUGGAGUGAGGACCUCGGCACUGAACACCACCGUCGAGGAACCUGAAGAUAAUGAAGACCUGUACUACAAUGUCGAGCUGGUCGUGCAGAUGGACAAGCAUUUGCAACAGUCCUCGGAUCAAGAACUAUUGGUCAGGUGUAAACUGCAACGACGUGCGGUCCGCAUCAAUAGUUCAGCGUUAGAAACUGUUAUCAAUACAAAAUUACACGAAAUGAUUGGCCAAGAAACAAAGAAAAUGAGGACUGGUCGUAACCGCCAGGGCUUCGUUAAUUCAGCCGAGGUGGAGCAGCGGGAGUGGCUGAUGGAAGCGGCACGGGCUUGGAUGGAACUGUCGCCCGCUGUUGCUGCAACAGAACCCGCCACCGUUGAAGUCGGGCAACCGACGAGGCUCCUUAUACAAUGCACUCUGCCUGUUGGAGUUGGUUUACGAGUAACUAACUGUGUUGCACAUGAUGGCUUAGGAGAAGCAUCUCAGAAAUUAUUAGACGAAGCUGGCUGUCCUAUUGACGAGACCAUAUUCAAUAAGCCCACCAUUCACCGCCACAAAGCCAAAAGUCCCGAGAUCGAUUUUUCCGAUUUGGAACCCGCCGAUACUCAGCGAAAUAUUGAUGAGAAUACCAGCAUUAAACAAAUCAGAUCGGAUCCUGAAACUAUGUUUAAGAACAUAAUGACGUACCAACAUGCCAUUACCACUUUUGCUGCCUUCAAGUUUCCAGACAGAGCAAAACUGCAUCUUACUUGUGGUAUAGAGUUGUGUAAGGGCCGUUGCCCACCUGUAGACUGCAAAGCCCUGCAGAAACCUCAGCAGAUAAGGGAUGGCUUAGUACGAAAAGCACGUUUAGACAAAGACGCUAAAGGAAUAGUUAUAGAUAGACUUGAGGUAUACAAUAGUAUAGAGGUACUGGCACCUAACAUUGAGUUAGAAGAUGAAGCGUCAAUUAGAGGUUCAAGACGAAUAGAAGCUGAAGAGGAUGACUUAAUUCGAAGAUUCUCGCCCGGAGACAAGACCAUCUGUCUAUCGCCAGGGAAAAUGGCUCUUGCGUUCUGCGUUCUUGGGGUUAUAUUCCUUUGCGCCAUAGCUGUUGCCUUCGUGUCAUUAGUGCGAGCGAGACGGCGACUAGGAAGGGAACCACUCAAUACAUCUCUCUCAUUCUACACAGGUAGCAAGAGUAUGUUUUCUUCCAGUGAAAGUUCCAGCUCUGGUCUCAGUGGAAGCAAACUACUGCUUACUGAUAGUCCAUACUUAGACCAGCAUUCAACAUCUAGUAAUAACUGGCCAUAUUCUAGAGCAUUCUAAAUAAUGCUUUAUUUACACGGUGCGGCGGCAAUCUCUAACCAAUUUUAACGGAGAAUGGUCGUCUACGCCAUGCUAGUUUCCAGAAGUUAGGUACGGACUCGUGAGCAGGAGUUAGCCAGCAGCUGCUCCAGAUCUAAGUACCUACUUACAUAAAUUUGAAGUGCAAUCGCCCCCAUUUUCGUCUAGUGAAGCUGUAAAGGCUAAGCAAGAUCAUCAACAGUAGGAUAGUUCGAAAAAAGGUGCUAUGCAUUCAUGCGAUAUUUUUAUGGUGUAUGCGGCCGUAAUGCUCAUGUUUUAGAUUAAUGUUAAUUAUUUAUUCUUUUUUAGUGCUUUCUAAUUAAUAGUACUAUCUAUAAGACUGCAUUCGUUGUAUAAAACUCCAAAGUUCUGAGUCUAGUUUGUAAUGUAUUUAUUUCAUUAAUAUUAAUACCUAUGAACAAUGUUGUUCUAAUUAAAUAUCUAUAUAAUUGAGGCGGUGCUUUUGAUAAAUAUAAUAUUGAUACUUUUUCCUAUUUGGGCAAAGGUUAGGGUAACAUUAUGGUGGGUAUCAAGAUUAUUUAUGCUUUCCUUAUGAUUUUAUGGUAUUACAGUAAAAUUGAAUAUUAUUUCAAAUUCAUUAGCACUUCCUCGAUACAUUUAGUACCUAAGAUUUGGUUUAUAAUUAAGAAGCGAACAAUAAAAAUUGUGAUAUCAUUAAGUAUAUAAAAUAUUUUACAGUUUAUUAUUUUAUAUUCAUAAAACACAUUUGUACUAUUUUCAAAAUAA